GUAGUUGCGUUACGCGGUGUAAGUGGAACCGAUAUUAAUGUCGGUCUUUAUUUUUGUGAAUUCCCGGUACCCUAUGCACCAUAGUCAACCAAUUUAGGGGUAUCUGUUCCUGGAAGUCAUGCGGCGGAGUAAAGCUGAAGUGGACCGCUACGUUUCCUCAGUACAGAGUUCCUCGCCCUCACUCAAAGAGAAACCAGUCAAGGGGUUUUUAUUUGCCAAGUUGUACUUCGAAGCGAAGGAAUAUGAACUGGCAAAAAGACAUGUCUCUGAGUAUCUCAAAGUCCAGGAGAGGGAUCCAAAAGCACACAAAUUCCUUGGACAGCUCUACGAGAGGGAGGGAGACAUCAACAAGGCAGUGGGAUGUUACAAGCGCUCAGUGGACAUGAAUCCGGCCCAAAGGGAUCUGGUGCUGAAGGUUGCUGAGUUACUGGUCAGCAAGCAGGAAUGUGACAGCAGAGCAGAGUUUUGGGUAGAGAAAGCCGCCAAGCUGCUGCCAGGAAACCCUGCCGUCUUCAACCUGAAGGAGCGCCUGUUGAGUCGUCAGGGUCAGCCGGGUUGGAACCGUUUGUUCGACCUCCUCCAGGUCGAGCUGGCGGCGAGGCCAGCCGACGCCCAUGUGAACGUGAAGCUUGUUCAGUUGUUCUGUCAGGACGGACGGCUCGACGAAGCUGUGAAGCACUGCCUGGCUGCUGGGAAAGGGGGCGUGCUGAACCACAGCCUGGACUGGUACACCGUGGUGGUUCGCACACUGCAGGAUUAUCUCGCUCAGCCCAGCGUUUCCGGUAAUGACAAGGUGUAUCGGGAUCUCCAGAGAGAACUGCUACUGGCCCACUGCAGCCUGCUAAGAAUCACACUGUCUGAGAGCAGCUUGCAGCUGAGCCUUGAUGCGCUCACAAGUUUUGACCAAGCUAUGCAGACGCUGAGCAGCAUUGCUGGCCGCCACCCGGACGAUCUUUGUGAGGUGUUUGCGGAAAUGAGAGGUCACCUCUACCUGCACGCGGCCACGCUGCUAUUGAAGCAGGCUCAGAAUCACCAACAUACCUGGAGAGCCGUUAUUGACCUGGCUACGCUGUGCUACCUGCUGGCAUACCAGUCGCCGAGACCAAAGGCUAAAGUGACCAAAAGAGAUCAGUCCCGCCCGCAGCUUCUGGAGCUGCUGGCCAAUGACCGACAGAGUCAGGCCGGUCACAUGUUGCUGAAUCUGAGUACUGCUCCAUCGUCCUUGAUCGAAGAGGUAGUGGAGGUGUUUGGGAACCGCAGGGGUCAAGAGUCUGUGCUUCAGCUCUUGUUUGGACCACAUGCCUCUACUGGACCCUCCUUUAUUGCCAACGAUGACAUUCAUUCCAUUACCGCACAGGUUCCAGAGCUUUCUCAACUCGUCAAAUGGGACGCUGGCUCCAUCCUGCUUCAUGCUGGAGACUUGCAACAUCUGAGCUGGUUGGGGCUGCAGUGGAUCCUGCUGGCCCAAAAACCGGCCCUACGGGACUGGCUACAGCAACUUUUUCCAAGGCUUACUCUGGAAACCUCCAAACUGGACACCAACGCACCGGAAUCCAUCUGCCUGCUUGACCUGGAGGUGUUUUUACAUGGCGUGGUGUUCUGUAGCCACUGCCAGCUCCAGGAGACUGCGAAGAUGAGCUGCGGCAUAAACCCGCAGCAGCAACGGCAGCUCUAUGAGCCCCACUGCCUCCCCCUGCCCCUCAUUCGCCUCCUGACCACCGACAGACAGCGGGAGUGGUGGGAAGCCGUCAACAGCCUAAUUCAGCAACGAGCGGCUCCCGGCACGUCGGCCAAACUGCGGAUGAUUGUGCAGCAUGGACUGAGCUCUCUGAGGGCCGGAGAGAAGCACGGACUCCAACCAGCGCUGGCCAUCCAUUGGGCCCGCUGUCUCAGCCAGACGGUUGAUGGAGUGAACUCGUACUACGACCAGAAAGAGUACAUCGGCCGCAGUGUCCACUACUGGAAAGUUGUACUUCCCCUGUUGGAAAAGAUCAAAAACAGACGCAGCAUACCAGAACCACUUGAGCCCCUCUUCAUGCACUUUCACUCCAAAGAUAUUCAGAUUUCUUCUGUGAAGGGCCACGAAGAGGAAGCCAAGAUUGCGUAUUCAGUUCUGCUUGACAUUGAAGGCAAGACGGAGGAGGCCAUUGCUACUUUGGAAACCAUCAAUAACCUGUCAUCUGUCUGGCAUUUGGCACAGAUCUACCAGCGGCUAUCAGAGGAGGCCAGCAACGGGGUGGAGGAGACACAGGAAAGGUGCAUCACUUUUCUGAGAAAGUUCAGAAACUACCUAUCAAAGAUCUACAACGCAAAUGCAGAUGACAUUGAGAAACUCCCUGUCUCCAUGGAGGAAGUUAUGGACCUCCUGAAUGACGUGAACCAACAGCUGGGGGAGACUGAGUUUAUGGAUGAAGAGGAGGAGCAUGGGGAGGGUCGACGAGGACCAACCCACUCCAGUCUUGCCACAGGAUCCCACAUCAAGUUUUCCACUCCCUCUCCAAACAAAAGCCUCAUCUCUCCUUCCAAAAGACACCUGAUUUCUCCCAAGACACCACCUCAUUGGGUGGAGGACCAGAAAAGUCUCCUCCAGAUGCUUUGUCAGCAAGUGGAAGCCCUCAAGAACGAAGUUCAUGAUCUUAGACAAAACUCUUCAGGGAUCGCAAGCUCUCCUCGUCACAAGAUGUACGGUGAGAGCUACGGGGCCGAGGGCCUGCAGGAGUCCUUUACCCCCGCCCAGUCCUACCACGGGGCGCCUCUCACAGUUGCCACCACAGCCUCCUCGGGGUACUACAACCAGUCUCCAGCUUAUAACUCUCAGCAUCUCCUGCGCACAGCAUCAAAUGUCACCCCCACUAAGGGCCCAAUGUACAAUAUGAACCGAAUGCCCCCUCAGCAGCAUAUGUACGCCUACCAGCAGCCCACUCAUACUCCUCCAUUGCAGACUGCCCCACCCUGCAUUUAUCCUCCUCAAGAACCCGGGUUUGGAGCCCCUCUCCGGUUUGAGUCACCAGCCACCAGCCUUCUUUCACCAUAUAGUGAAGAAUAUUACGGGCAGAGUGUACAAAGCACAAACCCUCCCCUGCCCGAACCCGGCUACUUCACCAAGCCGUCAGUGGUCCCGGUUCAGGCGCCUAAGAGCACUGAGGGGAAGCCUCUGGACUUUGGGAAGCUCUCCUUCAGCCAGCAGGCACCUGCUGAAGUCCCUAAAGUGCCCAGUUUUGGAGCAGGCGCAGUUGCCCAUUCAACACCGUCAUCUUCUUUUAAAUUCAACUCCAACUUUAAAUCCAACGAUGGAGAUUUUACUUUCCCGCCUUCCCAGGCCAAGCACAGCGAAAGUCUACUUGGACUCCUUACGUCAGACUUUCCCUCCAGAUCGGAAAAUGUCCCGGAGAAGCCUCCAGCCCAGGAGCAACCCCUCAGCCAAACCAACCUCUUCACCUUUGGAAAUAAAAAUACUCCUUCCUUCUCCUUUGCUGAUUCUGCGCCAAGCACACGCACAGGAAGUCUUUUUGGAAAGGCAGACCAGCCUUUUACAUUUGGAGAUGUUACCAAGCCAGUGUUUGGGGUUCCCACAUCUGCUGCUGAAGAGAGAGCACCAGAGAGUGACAAUGAGAGCACCCAUGGUGAGGAGGAUGAAGAUGGUCCUCACUUUGAACCCAUUGUACCCCUUCCUGAUAAAGUGGAUGUGAAAACGGGUGAGGAAGAGGAGGAGGAAAUGUUUUGCAACAGGGCAAAGCUGUAUCGAUUUGACGCAGACACAAAAGAGUGGAAAGAGCGGGGCAUUGGCAAUGUUAAAAUCCUGAAACACAGUGGCAAAGGGAAGGUCCGCCUCCUAAUGAGAAGAGAGCAAGUCCUUAAGAUCUGUGCAAACCACUACAUCACUGCCGAUAUGCUCCUGAAACCGAACUCUGGCUCUGACAAAUCCUGGGUGUGGAAUGCUAUCGACUACGCAGAUGAGGAGCCUAAGACCGAACAGCUGGCCAUCCGCUUCAAAACACCAGAGGAGGCGUCACUUUUCAAAGUUAAGUUUGAGGAAGCCCAGAAAGUUGUUGUCAAAUCUGCCAAAAAGCACGAUCAACCUGAGAAGAAAGAGGAAAAUUUGAAAGGUUCUGAAUUACUGGCAGCCCAGUUUGCCCGGAAAGACGGAGAGUGGGACUGCAAUGUGUGCUGUGUAAGAAAUAAACCCGUGGAUGUGCAUUGUGCCGCUUGUCAAAGUGCCAAUCCCAAUUUGUCAUCAAAGCCAGACAUGCCGAUAGCCGGUGAAGCCAAACCCAGUCCUUUCACUUUCAAAUUUGGGACCGAUUCAUCCAAACCCAGCAGUACUGGAUCUACAUUUACUGGAUUCGGAGCUUUGGGAGCAUCUGUACCCUCCUCAUUUACAUUUGGCACCACCACCACCACCUCAAAACCUGCUGACACCGCCAGUGCAUUUGGUGCUGGUUUUGGCGCUCAGUUAAGCAAGAAGCCCGGUCAAUGGGACUGUGAUGUGUGUGCAGUAAGAAACGAGGCCUCGGCAGACAGUUGUGUUUCUUGUAAAGCUCUUAAAGCCUCAUCUAAAACGACUGCAACCACACCAAUGGUCCCCACCACAGCUGCACCAUCUAUAUCGGCUGUUGCCUCUGGAUUUGGUGCCCAGUUUGGCAAGAAGCCAGGCCAGUGGGACUGCAAUGUGUGUGAAGUGAGAAAUGAAGUCUCUGCUGGUAGUUGUGUGGCCUGUGGAACCCCCAACCCUGCUCCUGCUCAAGCUCCUAAAACCACCAUGACCGCACAAACGCUCCCGACUGCCGCUGCAGGCUCUGGAUUUGGUGCCCAGUUUGGCAAGAAGCCAGGCCAGUGGGACUGCAAUGUGUGCGAAGUGAGAAAUGAAGUCUCUGCUAACAGGUGUGUGUCCUGUGGAGCCCCCGACCCGUCUGCUAAAUCAACAGCGGCGCCCGCAGCAGUUUCAGGGUUCGGGGCCGUUUUGGCAAAAAAGGACGGGCAAUGGGACUGCAACGAGUGCCUGGUCAGAAACGAUGCCUCCGCUGCAGAGUGUGUUUCUUGUCAUUCCCCAAAUCCCAAUCCUUCUCUAGCAGCCAUGUUUGCCAUGAAGGACGGGGAAUGGGAUUGUGACCACUGUCUGGUGAGAAACAACACCUCUGCCGAUAAGUGCGUGGCCUGUCAAACCCUGAAUCCAAAUGCCAAAAGCACAACCAGCUCCUCCACGUCCUCCACGUUCAGCUUUUCAUUUGGACACAAAAGUUCAUCAAGUCAGCCUGCUGGGACUGGAUUUAAGAUGCCCUUUGAUACUGCCAACGCUUUUAAGUUUGGUCAAAACAAAGUGCAAAGCUCAGCUGCCUCUUUUAAGUUUGAAACUCCUCAGUCUGGAUUGAGUACCACAAGUUCUUCAGGCUUCUCUUUCCUGCUGCCGGCUGCAGCUGGUAGCUUCAAGUUUGGCAUUCAGGAUCCCGCACAAGAAACUCCCUCUGCUGAUGACCAGGUGCCUCCAUCAGGGUCGGCCUCUAGUUGUCUCAAAAGCAUGGCUGACAAGCACAAGGAGCACGAGCUCGUGUCCACUCCCCCAGCGGACCCAACGGAGCUAGAUCAAAAUCUGUUACCUUCUGGUAAAACAAAGGUGUUCAGUUUUGCAGAGUCCUCUGAAGGAAACUUUAAGUUUGGCCAGAACGACCCCAAUUUCAAAGGUCUCUCUGGGACCGGUGAGUCGCUGUUUACGAUCCCCACCAAGGCAGAGGCCACAAAUGAGCCGGAAGAAGAUGACAUGUAUAAGACUGAGGAGAACGACGACAUCCAGUUUGAACCGGUGGUGCAGAUGCCCGAUCGAGUGGACCUGGUGACUGGGGAGGAGGACGAGCAGGUUCUCUAUUCCCAGCGUCUCAAACUGUUCCGAUUCGACCUGGACACGAGUCAGUGGAAAGAGCGGGGUGUCGGAAUCCUUAAAUUCCUGAAAAACACCUCUAACGGCCGGCUGAGGGUGCUGAUGAGAAGAGAGCAAGUUCUGAAGGUGUGCGCCAACCACUGGAUCACCACCACCAUGAAUCUUAAGCCGCUGGCAGGCUCGGACAAGGCGUGGAUUUGGAUGGCCAAUGACUUCUCUGAUGGGGACGCUAGGCUCGAGCAGCUGGCCGCCAAGUUUAAAACCCCGGAGCUAGCAGAGGAGUUCAAGGAGAAGUUUGAGGAGUGUCAGAGGCUUCUCCUGGACAUUCCCCUGCAAACCCCACACAAGCUCGUCGACUCCGGCAGAACAGCACGCCUCAUUCAGAAAGCAGAGGAAAUGAAGUCUGGUUUGAAAGACCUGAAAUUCUUUUUGACCGACGACAAAACCAAAAUCAAAGAUGACGACAGACCGGGAGAGCUUACCCCAAAAGGCCAUGUUUCCAACCUGGUAAUCAAGCCUCUGGGUGAAACCCCCGGCCCCACCUUGGAGUGGGAUAACUAUGACUUGAGGGAAGAGGCCUUGGAUGAUACUGCAGACUCAUCAGUCUAUGCCUCGCCCAUUGCCAGCAGCCCCCCAAGCAAGAACCUUUUCCGCUUUGGAGAAUCCACCGGUGGAUUCAACUUUAGCUUCCAACCCGGCAUCAGCCCCUCCAAGUCUCCCGCUAAGCUCAACCAGAGCGGGGCCUCGGUGGCCACUGACGACGAGCAGGACGUCACCCAGGAUGAGGAGAGGGACGGCGUGUACUUUGAGCCGGUGGUCCCACUGCCGGAUCUGGUGGAGAUAUCUACCGGGGAGGAAAACGAACAGGUGGUCUUCAGUCACAGGGCCAAACUGUAUCGCUACGACAAGGAGCUGGGCCAGUGGAAGGAGAGGGGCAUCGGGGACCUCAAGGUCUUGCAGAAUUUUGACACCAAACGGGUGAGGUUAAUAAUGAGGAGAGACCAGGUACUUAAGAUCUGCGCCAACCACAGGAUCACGGCAGCCAUGAAGCUGGAGCCGAUGAAGGGGGCGGAGAAGGCCUGGGUCUGGAGUGCCUUGGACUUCGCCGAGGUGGUAGAGGGCAGCAUGGAGCAGUUGGCAGUGAGAUUCAAGCUGCAGGAAACCGCGAACACAUUCAAACAGGUCUUUGAGGAGGCUAAGGUUGCCCAAGAAAAUGACAAGCUCAUGAGCGAGGCGACCUCGAGGGUAGCCACCCCUCAAGACCCUGCACCUACACCGCCUCCUCCGGCUGCUACACCCGUGUGCGGGAAGGCAGCCAUCGCCGUUCUGGAGGAGACCACAAAGCAGCGUACAGAGCUCCCUCCGGAUGCUAAGCCAAGUACAUCUGGCUUUCCAAGUCCCCUCAAUCCCUCAAAGAUGGUGGUGUCCCCCCCUAAAUUCGUCUUUGGCGCUCAGAGCCUCCAGAAGUUUUUUGGCUCUCCUAAAUCUCACUCUGAUACAGAGGAAUCGUCAUCUGGUUUCAAAGCAGGAGAUUCUGAACGUCCUGGCAAAGCUUCAGCUGCAUUCAAAGUCCCAGAGAAAGGGCUGGAUUUUAGGCUUUUCAAAGAUAACCCAAUGGCUUUUUGGACCAGCACAUCAACAACCCAAUUUGAACCCCCAGGGCCUCAGGCUGCCGGAGGCAGUGAAGGCUUGGGGGAGGACUCUGACGUGGAGGUGGUGUACGUCAGGGAACCCACCGCUGAACAGGCAGCUUUAGCGCAGACGCUCAUGCUGCCGCUCACCUUCUUCUGCUACCAGAACGAACCGGGCUACACCAGCGACGACCCAACCGAUGAUGAAGACUUUGAGGCAGCGGUAAAGGCCUUGAAUGGAAAGCUCUACCCCGAUGCUCCUCAAAAGGAGGCUGCAGCAUGCAGUGAUGAGCCGGACUGCCAGGUGGUGUGGGAAAAGACGCCAACGCCGGUGGAGGAGGAGAAGGCCAAAAGCCUCCAGCUUCCACCCACCUUCUUCUGCGGCCUGAGCACCACAGACAGCGACCCGGACCACGACAAGCCCGAAGACUUUGAGACAGAAGUCCGCAAGGCACACAAAGACCUGGGAGCUCAGUUACAUCAAACGGAAAGCAGCAACAGCAGCGCCGCUGCAGCUCAGGAGGAACCCACAUCAGGGUCGUCGUCCAGCAGCGCGGAGCCUGCCGUUGCCGAGGAGCCUGCCGUUGCCGAGGAGCCUGCCGUUGCCGAGGAGCCUGCGCUCAUAUUGUCUACAACAGAGCAGCAGAUCUCGGACCAGCCGGCCGAGACUCUGAGUGAAGGUCCCAGCAGCAGCACUACUUCUCCCAUUGAUCUGUCAACCAAGAAGAGCCCAGAACCGGAGUCCAGCACUUGGACUUCAAUUGGAUCAAGUGACGAUAUAUCCAACUUCGGUUUCAAAGCCCUUGGAGGCUCGUCUUUUGCAGAUUUGGCCAAAACUACGGAUGCCUAUGCUUUUGGAGCUCAAGACUCCAACUUCUCGUGGGCAAAUGCUGGAGCGACCGUUUUUGGAAGAGUAGUGUCCUCUGUGCCUAAAAACGAAGGCGAGGAGGGCAGCGACGAAGAGGACACUUCUAAUACAGAGGACAUUCACUUUGAGCCCAUUGUCUCUCUACCGGAGGUGGAGACAAAGUCUGGAGAAGAGGACGAGGAAAUCCUCUUCAAGGAGCGCGCCAAGCUGUACCGAUGGGACCGAGACCUCAGCCAGUGGAAGGAGCGCGGCGUUGGGGACCUCAAGAUCCUCUUCCACCCGACCAAGCGCUUCUACCGAGUCCUGAUGCGGAGAGAGCAGGUGCUGAGGGUCUGUGCCAACCACACCAUCACGCAAGCCAUGGAACUCAAGCCCAUGAACACCUCGGCCAACGCGCUGCUCUGGACCGCCACCGACUACUCAGACGGCGACGGCACAGUGGAGCAGCUGGCGGCCAAGUUCAAAACCCCCGAGAUAGCCGAAUCCUUCAAGAAGACCUUCUGCGAGUGCCAGAGCCGCACGGCCCAAACGGAAUGCGACGAGUCGUGCAUCUCCUCGCCGCAGAUGUCCCGAGUCCAGGAGCACUCCAGAGUCUCCAACCCCCUGGUGUUCCUCCAGGUGGUCGCCGAUGAACAGCCGCUGGGCACCAUCACCAUGGAGCUUUUCUCCCACAUCGUCCCGAAGACGGCAGAGAACUUCAGGGCCCUCUGCACCGGGGAGAAGGGCUUCGGGCUGAAGUCUUCAGUCUUUCACAGAGUCAUCCCGGACUUCAUGUGUCAGGGCGGUGACAUCACCAUCGGGGAUGGCACUGGAGGUAAGUCCAUCUACGGCAGCAAGUUUGAGGACGAGAACUUUGACGUUCGGCACACAGGGCCGGGCAUCUUGUCGAUGGCGAACCGCGGGAGGGACACCAACAACUCCCAGUUCUUCAUCACCCUGAAGAAAGCCGAAAACCUGGACUUCAAACACGUGGCCUUCGGCUGGGUCCGGGAGGGCAUGGAAGUCGUGCAGCAGAUGGGAGAGCUGGGCACUAAGGGAGGCAAGCCCGCGAAGAAGCUCGUCAUCACAGAAUGCGGACAGCUGUAGACUCGACUGCAAGGUCGGAAAACACUUUGGAUGAUGAUGAGUUUCCUGAAUGAAAUGCUGAUUACAGGACUACAGAUCAAUAGCCUUCAUUUUAGAAACUUGACUGCAGUAGCCUGGUAAAAACAAAUUGCUAUCCUAUGACAUAAUCACAAUUGGGAUAACAUGAACAGAAUGUGGGAGGAGCAUACUAUACUUUUGCGCUUCUGCACUUGCAUCUUUAUUGUCUAUCAAUAAAAAUUCUCAUUUGUUUAUUUUGUGUGUAUAACUGUACAUGGGCUACUUUUUAAAUAGUUGUUUUGGUUCUUUUUGUCUUGCAUGUGCUCAAUUUAAAUGUGCCGGUGCUUUUCAUGAGCUCCACUUUGAUAUUUUUCCCUUUUUUGAGGAAGUCUUAAAUAUAAUCGAAAGUAAGGAUAAUUUGAAUCCACCCAUUGGUUUGUAUCUGUGUACUUUUACUGUGGGACUCCACAGUGAUCUUUGUCUAAUAAACUUGAGUUAUCUCACUGUGUUACUCUGUAUGCGGAAGAUGACGACAACGAUUCAUCUGGGUUGGGUUUUACAAAAGCAAUCAUUAUAGUUUAAAAUGACCACAAUAUUCAUUCAAGAGAAAUAAAGUUGCUUUACACGUAAGAAAUGGCUGCUUG